GCACGUGCCACUUUCAUGACUUUCAAUAAGCUGUAUAAAGGAAUUCGACCCGGAAAAGUACAACGUGUACAGACCACAGGCAACGGAUAGACUCGACCUCAGAUGAAGAGCAUGCUCCUCUCGAGCGUCGUACAAACAAACCCCAAAAGCUUAUUGUAAUCGCCAGGCAUGGGAGAUCAGAAAGAGACGACAAUGGUGCACAAGUCCACUUCGUUCAGCAUCAAGAGUCUACUGUUUCCAACUAAGUAUGACAACCUGGACGCGGGGGUCCCGGACAAGCGUACUCUCCCGUCUGGGUCUGAUUCUGAAAAAUCCCAGGAUCCAACGGAAAUGGAGGGGCAAAAAGACGGGGACGAAGUUGGCGACCGACCCACUGAACAAGGCAAAAAUGGGAAACACGACAAGCCGCCGUUCAGCUACAACGCGCUGAUCAUGAUGGCUAUUCGGCAAAGUCCUGAAAAACGACUUACUCUCAACGGCAUUUAUGAGUUCAUCAUGAAGAACUUUCCCUAUUACAGGGAGCACAAACAAGGCUGGCAGAACUCGAUACGGCACAACCUCAGCCUCAAUAAGUGCUUUGUGAAAGUGCCGAGGCAUUACGAUGAUCCAGGAAAGGGGAACUACUGGAUGUUGGACCCCUCGAGUGACGACGUCUUUAUCGGUGGAACUACAGGAAAACUUAGGAGGCGGUCGGCUACCUCCAGGGGCAAACUGGCAAUAAAGAGAGGGCUCCGCUUCGCGCCGCUAGGGCUGGGAUUGAGCGACAGGGCGAACAACCCUUUGUACUGGCAGAUUUCGCCCUUUUUAUCUUUGCAUCAGUCCCAUUAUAAUGGAUCUACUCCUGGAUUUCUUAACCAGGGGCACGCGUACGGUUCGCUGCUCUCCGGAGUUGAACAGUUGGGCAGCGGAGACCUUUCCCGUCCGGUUCUGGGAGGUUCUACAGGCGGGAUCAACCUGUCAACUGGUUAUGGCGCGAGCACGUCUCCCGUCAGUUUAUUGCCGGGACACAACGGCUAUUUCGUGUCAGGGACUCAGCAUUCUCAGCCCCUGCAGACUGGAGUUGGAUUUGGAGUGUCGUCCAGCUCUCCUCCGACUCUCAUUUCGGACACGCUGAGAACUUCGCUGUCUCCAUUCACUCCCGUCGUUUCGACUGGAUUCUCAGGAGUUCUGACGCAUCAAAAGAGAGUUCAUUCUUUCUUAACCUGACCGCAGCCCGCGCUGUCCGCGGAGGGGGAAAUCCACGCGCUCUCGGUCAUCUGAGGCUGUCACUAUCUCAGUAACACUGCUCGAAUAGUGUAAUAAUGUAGCUUAUGUGUUAAAAAUCAAGUUCAAGACGAUUUCCUCGCUAACUGCUAUGACCCUAUAUACAUACAUAAAUACAUACAUACACGCACAUCCGUUUGCGAUGGAUUUCUUCCGUGCGUCUUUUUGAAAGCGACAUAGCUACCUUU